AUGGGGCAGCUAUGGGCCCCCCCUCCUCUGGAGCCUUCAGCCCCUCCCCCACCCCCGGAGAGGAGCUGCCCCUCCCCCACCCCCUGCCCCACACAUGAGCAUCGAUACCAGGUGUAUAAGGAUCUAUGGGGCAGGGGCCUCUACCUGACCCACGGCGGCAAGUUCGGGGGCGACUUCCUGGUGUACCCAGGCCCCCCCUCCCUGUUCCACGCCUCCUCCCUGGUCACGUGCCUCUCUCCUGGCUCCCGAUUGGCUCUCGGCUCCCUCGUGACCUUUGCCCGGCUGGGGACCCACGUGAGGAAGACCCUGGUGCUGAGCUCCCCUGGGCCGCCAGGGGGCGGCCCCGUCUACACCUCUGUCCAAUGGCGUGCCGACCUGGGCUGAUCACGUGACUGCAGGCGGCCAAUGACAGCGAGGGAAAGGGUUACAUUGGACCAAUGGGGU